UCAAAUCCCCACACACACACACAUAAACAUAUACACACAAAGUUCAGUAGUUAUCACAAAUGCAACAAGAGUUCAAACAUAGUUUGAGAGUUUUGAAGACAAAGAAGUGAGAAGGAAUGAGGACUGGAAUAGUUCAACAAGCUCUCACACCAGAGGCUGCUUCAGCUCUGAAGCAAUCUCUUAAUCUGGCCAAAAGAAGAGGCCAUGCACAAGUUACACCUCUACAUGUUGCUACCACUCUGCUUGUAUCCUCCAAAGACACUGCAAACCUUCUCAGAAGAGCUUGUUUGCAUUCUCAUCCUCUUCAUUGUAGAGCUCUUGAGCUUUGCUUCAAUGUGGCUCUUAAUAGACUCCCUUCCAUUCCUCCACUUUCAUCUAACUCUCUCCUCCCUUUGAAUGAGCCUUCUUUGUCUAACUCUCUCAUUGCAGCAUUGAAAAGAGCUCAGGCUCAUCAGAGGAGAAGCUCUAUCGAGCUUCAGCAACAGCAGCAGCAGCAGCAAGAGCAGCCACUUUUAGCUAUCAAAGUGGAGCUGGAGCAGCUUAUUAUUUCUAUAUUGGAUGAUCCUAGUGUGAGUAGGGUGAUGAGAGAAGCUGGCUUCUCUAGCACCUCUGUGAAAGCCAAUGUAGAAGAGUUUUGCUCUGCUUCUGUAUAUGGUGAGCUCUACUCUUACAGCCAGUUUUUAAGAACUCAUUUCUCAAGACUACCUUCAGAAUCUCAAGAAGAGGAUUUGAAGGUGGUGUUGGAGGUGAUGUCCAGAAAACAAAGCAACAGGAGGCACAACAUAGUCAUAGUAGGAGACUCUGUUUUGAAAACAGAGUGGCUUGUUGCUGAGCUUAUGGAAAGAGUGAGGAAAGGCCAAGUUUCUGAUGAUUUGAAGUCAUCUCAGUUCAUUAAACUUCAGAUAUCUCAUUCUCAUGUUAAGAACAUGAGCAGAAAUGAAGUUGACAUGAUGGUUUUUAAUCUUCGGAGAAAAACAGCAUCCUUGCUUGUAGAAGGGAAUGUGAUAAUCUAUGUGGGUGAUCUGAUGUGGGUGGUUGAUGAAGAGGAGUUUUCAAAUGGAUGCAGAGCUUUGGAUCAUUUGGUUCAAGAGAUUGGGAGGUUGUUGUGUGAGAUGAGAAGCUGCAACAAAGUUUGGUUGAUGGGUGUUGCUAGUUAUCAAACACAUAUCAAGUGUCAGAAAAGGCAGCCUUCAUUAGAGGCACAAUGGGGCCUUCAUGCUGUUGUUGUUCCUUCUGCUGGACUUGGUUUGAGUCUCCAAGCUCCAAGUGGAAUGGAUUCAAGACUUAGGAAGCAUUUCAACAUUGAGGAACAGGAUAGGCUGAUUUUCUGUGAGACGAUGAAUGCUGAUAAUGGAUCCAGUAGCAUGCCUCAUUGGUUGCACACACAUAGGCCAGAGAAUUAUGACAAGGGUGCAUUGCUUGGAUUGAAGAGGAAAUGGAGUGAAUUAUGUCAAGCUAAUCAUCCUUCAAUGUUCGGUCAAAAUCUAGCUGAAAAGAGGUAUACAUGUACUUCAAGGCAUCCAUGGUGUUCUUCUAGCUCUCCUCCUUGCAAUCAAAACAGCGCAAAGCUUCUUGAAUCUGCACAAGAACUUAUCGGUAUCAGUAGCUCUUCGGGAAAUGAUUCUAGCGAGUGUCAAGCUAGGAAUGAAUCCAAACUAAGGUUUUGUGAAAGCAAGGAUGUGAGGACUACACUUGCAUUGGCCAGUCCUCUAUUCUCAGAUUCAGCAACAUCGGAGAACCAACGAGAAGGAUUAGUUGCUAAUCCUCAAGAACUAUGCCAACGUCUGCAAGAAGAUAUUACAUGGCAAUCCGAAAUCAUUCCUUCGAUGGUUGAGUCAUUGCUCGAUUCUAUAUCAAGUGAAAAGAGAUGUACUUGCUUAUUGAUACGAGGCACAGAUCAUAUCGGUAAAAGAAAACUUGCGAAGACCAUAUCAGAGAUUUUAUAUGGAUCAACACAAAGCGUCAUCUACAUAAAUAUGAAGAAGACAACUGGCAUAGCAUUUCCUUCUGCCGGCACAAUCUUGGAGACAUUGAAAAGAGAUCCAAAAAGAGUAUUCUUGAUUGAAGAUGUCGAUCAAGCUCACAAUGAUUUCCUUGAAAACCUUGCCAAGAACAUCAAGAAAAUAGGUUUUGAAUGCCCUGCAAUCUUUAUAUUCACCACUACACCCACUUCCACCAACACCAAUUUCAAUCGAGAUAAAGUCUUGCAAAUGAAAAUGAAGAUAGAAGAGCCAAAAAUCGAUGAAGAUCAAGAAUAUGAACUUUGGAACAAAUCCAAGAAAAUUAGACAAGAGAAAACAACCGAUCUUGAUCUGAAUAUCAGCGUGGUAGCGGAGGAAGACGACAGUGGACUAACACAAGAAGUGGAAGACCAAGGCUUCGGUCUAUCUCCGGAGUUUCUUGAGCUCAUUGGCUUGCAUUUCACCUUCAAUGCUGGUUCAGAUUGGUAUGAGAGAGUAAUCGAAAGCUUCUCAAUGAAACUCCACCGGUUUUUCGAGGAUGUUCAGAGUGAUAAAGGGGAUAAUGAGUGGUCUUUUUCAGUUGAUAAGAGGGUUUUGGAAGGGUUGGUUGAAGCUUCAGAUAUGGUGAUGGAGAGGUGGUUUGAGGAGUGGCUUAGAGAGGUUUUCAAGAGGAGCUUGCUGUUGUUCAAAAAGGGCGGGAAGGUGAGGCUAAGUAUAGACAGGGGCAAAGAGGGAAAUGCAAUGGAGGGUGGGUUUGAAGGUUCACUACUACCUAGUAGAAUUCAUGUAGACUUAGAUGAAUGAAAAUUUUGAAGUGACUAAAGUGCCACUUUGUGUAUUUAGUGGAGAAUUUUCACUCUGUUUCAUACUCUGUUCUAAAAAAGUUUUGUAAAAUUUUUAGUUA